CAAGAUGUUUCAAAAUUGACCACGUUGGUCCGUAAAGACAUUUUGUCCCUUAAGGUCACUAACACCUUCUGUGCACCAUUUUAUUAAACAUUUUUUUUCUUUUCUUCUUCUCACCCAUGCUGAGCUCUCCUUUCUGUGUCUUUCUGAUCUGGAGCUUUCUCCAAAAACCAAAAGCUAACCAUGGCUGAGCCUUCAUGACUCUAUCUUUGAUCAGCCUAAGUCUAAGGCUCCUCAACCAUCAACUCUCCUCACUGAAAAUCACUCUCUUCCCUAUCUGAUUCUCAUUCCCUCAAAACCCUAAACCCACUCUUCGAUCUAUAAGCCAAAGGGCCUUAGACGACGUGUGGAUUUUGGUGUGGAUCGGCGUUGGAGUCUUUCCCUUCUCUCUCUCUCUUGUGGUCUUUGCGGCGGCGCCAUCGUGUGUGUAAAUGGUGAUUCGUGGGUUUUGGUGUGGAUCAACAUUGAAGGGUUUUGGUUUUCUCUCUCGUGGUGUUUGUGAUGGUGCCGUGGUGUGGGUUAGGGAUGGUUAGGUUUCGAUUGGCAGUGGUGGGUUUUCUGUGAGGGUGGUUGGUGGUGGACGGUCACAAAGCCACAGGGAGGAGCAAAUUUUUUUUCUUGCUGAGGCCUAUGAAUUUGGGGUUUUUCUUAAGAGGAUGUUUUGAUUGAUUGGGUUUUGGUCUUAGAUUAGGAUUUUUAGUUGAGAGGCUGAUUUUUUGUCACAGUUCUUGAUUCUUGAUUGCAUGUUCUGUGGUUUGGGUUUAAAUUAGUUGUGUUUUCCUCCUCAUUCAAAGAAAGUGAGUUUUGAUUGUUGGUUUCAUUCAAGCAUUUUUGUUGUUGUUUGUUUACUAAGAAAUAGAAGAGAGAGAGAGAAAUGGUGCAGUUAGUGAGUAGAGACAAGGAUGAGAGGUGAGUUAACGGGAUUAGCGAUUAAAAUGUCUUCAAGGACAAAAUUGUCUUUUUAGAUGAAAUUGGUAGGUUUUUAAAUAUUCUGGAUUUAGUUGGAUAUUAUCACAAACCUUAGGGGUGGUUUGUGAAAUUUACGCAAUAUAUUUUUUCUUUCUUGAUAAGUGCGGGGAUAGAAUCUGGACAAUAGCUUACAAAGAAACCUGAGUGCCCUUGGCGACGAGGUCAUUGGCAUUUUCAUUACUAUCUCUUUCUCUUUCUCCAACGCGUCAUGCAAUUGCUCCCCCAGAAUUCAUUAUUUGACAAGACAUUAUUGUCUCCAAAAUUAAAGAGUUCUGAAAGAACAAAAUCUCCCGGGCACUCUGCCACCAGAACUGGUGAACUUGCCGUAUCUUGAAGAAAUUGACCUGACCCGUAACUACCUUAGCGGCACAAUCCCUCAACAAUGGGGCUCCUUCACAAGGCUUGUCAACAUUUCUCUUCUUGGAAACCGGUUGACCGGUUCCAUUCCCAAAGAGCUUGGAAAUAUCUCCACUCUCAAAAGGUCCUUGAGUUCAAUAUGCUUUCUGGAAGUCUUCCUAAAGAGCUUGGGAACCUAAUCAAUAUAGAAAGGCUACACCUUACUUCAAACUCUUUUACUGGGGAGGUACCUGAAAAGUUUGCAGAGCUGAUGACAAUGAAAGAAUUUCGGAUUGGUGAUAAUAAUUUUUCUGGAAAGAUACCCGAUUUUAUUAAGAAUUGGAAAAAGCUCGAAAGACUGUCGAUUCAAGCAAGUGGUUUGAACGGGCCGAUUCCUUUCCAAAUUUCUUUUUUGGAACACUUAAAAGACUUGAGAAUUAGUGACUUAAGAGGACCCGAAGCAAAUUUUCCGCCAAUUCAUGUUAUGACAAAGAUGAACAAUCUGAUACUAAGGAGUUGCAAUAUUACUGGGCAACUACCUAACCUUGAGAAGAUGAUUAAUCUGGAAACCUUGGACCUCAGCUUUAACAAACUAACUGGAGGAAUUCCAGAAAGCUAUGAUCUUCUAACAAAGUUGGAUUUCAUGUAUCUAACUGGAAACCUGCUAAGUGGACCAGUGCCUGGUUGGAUAUUGCUAAAGAAACACAUAAGCAUUGACCUUUCAUAUAACAACUUUUCCAAUGGAAGCUUAGUUUGCAAAAGCCAAGACGUGAACUUGUUUACAGCCUCUUCAAAUGGGAGCGACACUGGAGAUAUUUCGUGUUGGAGAAGCUCUUGUCCAGAAAUUGUCAACUUCCUCCGUAUAAAUUGUGGUGGACCAGAAGUAACUAUAAAUGGAAAUAAAUACGAUGAUGAUAGUACAGAACCAGUUGGAGCUUCAAAAUUCCUCAAGAGAAUAAAUUGGGCAUAUAGCAGCACUGGUAACUUCAUGGAUGAUGGCCAAACAACAGACAAAUAUAUUUUGGAAAAUUCCUCCAAACUCUCUAUGGCUAAUCCUGAACUAUACAUGAAUGCACGCCUUUCUCCUCUGUCUCUUACUUAUUAUGCUUUUUGUUUGGGAACUGGAACUUACAAAAUAAACCUCCAUUUUGCGGAGAUAAAGUUCACCAAUGAUACUACAUAUAGCAGCUUGGGAAGGCGUGUAUUUGAUAUUUAUAUUCAGGGAGAGCUAGUGGAGAAGGAUUUCAAUAUUGCAGAUGAAGCUGGUGGAGUUGGCAUGGAAGUCAUAAAACAUUAUCUUGCAGUUGUGAAUAAUAACACCUUAGAGAUCCGUUUUUAUUGGGCCGGGAAGGGUACAACUAGCAUCCCUGAUAGAGGAGUCUAUGGUCCUCUUAUUUCGGCAAUUUCUGUUCAUCCUGACUCUACAAAUGGCAGCGGUGUAUCAGUAAGAGUAGUAGUUGGAAUAGUGGCUGUAGGAGCAUUUGUUCUAUUUCUGGUUCUGGGUAUCCUCUGGUGGAAAGGCUGUCUAGGACAGAAGAGCAGAAUGGGACAAGAUCUAAAGGGUUUAGACUUGCAAACUGGUUCGUUUACCUUGAGGCAAAUCAGAGCUGCCACCAACAACUUUGAUGUUUCCAAUAAAGUUGGAGAAGGUGGUUUUGGUUCUGUUUAUAAGGGCCUCCUAUCAGAUGGUACAGCGAUUGCAGUAAAGCAGCUUUCUUCCAAAUCAAAGCAAGGAAAUCGCGAGUUUGUGAAUGAGAUAGGCAUGAUUUCUGCUCUUCAACACCCUCAUCUUGUUAAGCUCUAUGGAUGUUGCAUUGAAGGAAAUCAACUAUUGCUAGUAUAUGAGUAUAUGGAAAACAACAGCCUUGCUCGAGCUUUGUUUGGCUUAGAAGAAUGCCAAUUGAAGUUGGAUUGGACAACAAGGUAUAAGAUCUGUGUUGGGAUUGCAAGAGGUUUGGCUUAUCUUCAUGAGGAGUCAAGAUUGAAGAUUGUUCAUAGAGACAUCAAGGCUACUAAUGUUCUGCUUGAUAAAUAUCUUAAUCCUAAGAUAUCUGACUUUGGUUUGGCCAAGCUUGAUGAAGAAGAUAAUACACACAUAAGCACCCGCAUCGCUGGAACUUAUGGAUAUAUGGCACCUGAGUACGCAAUGCGGGGUUAUUUGACUGAUAAAGCAGAUGUUUAUAGUUUUGGAGUUGUUUCCUUGGAAAUUGUUAGUGGGAGGAGCAACACUAGUCACCGACCAAAGGAGGAACCUUUUAAUCUUCUUGAUUGGGCACAUCUUUUGAAAGAGGAAGGGAAUUUAAUUAAGCUAGUUGAUCCAAGGUUGGGCUCAGACUAUAGCAAAGAAGAGGCGAUGGUCAUGAUCCAUGUGGCUCUCCUAUGCACUAAUGUUUCUUCAGCAGCUAGACCCACCAUGUCUUCAAUUGUGAGCAUGCUCGAAGGCAACAUUAUUGUUCCGGAUUUGGUUUCAGAUAUGAGUUUAUUACGUGAUGAAAUGAAAGCGAAGGAACUGCAAAAGUAUUAUCAAAUCAAUGAGGAAAUCAAUAUGAGUGAGAGCACAAGGCGAACAAUGUCAAUGGAUGGCCCGUGGACUGCUACUUCUUCAUCUGCUGCUGAUCUCUACCCAAUCAAUCCAGAUUCUGGUCUCUUGGAAAAUAGAUUUUAGAGAAUCUUAAAGGUUUCUCAUCAUUUCUUAAUGUUACAAAUGAUUUGAUGCCUAACUAUUUUAAGAACCAUGAAGUUGAAAUCAUAGCACUUUAUGUUUUUGGUUAUUUUUUCAAAACUCUGUGGAGAGCGAGACACAAUAUUGAUAUAUGGUGGAAUUCCCUUGCAAGAUGAGGAUGAUAAUAAAAACUAGCCUCCUUACACAAGAAAAGUGCAUGUUCAGAGGCUUUUGCCAUUUUUUUUUA